AUAAAUUUGCAGUGACUCUCAAACUUUGAUAUUGUAUUCUGUGUAGUGGUACAGGAAUAUUCUGGAUCCGGUUUUGUCAUGACUACCCGAUGAGUGUGCUCAAUCGAAAAAUGGCCCAAAGAAGUCGACAUUCUCAUCGUAGUAGUGCGAGUACGCGUUAUUUUGAAAAGGGUGAAAAAGUACUCUGCUACGAGCCCGAUCCCACAAAGGCAAAAGUGUUAUACGACUCAAAGAUUUUAGGUAUUUACGAAACUAAGGAUAAGCGUGGGCGUAAACUUGUACAAUAUAAAAUACAUUUUCAAGGCUGGAGCAGUUCGUGGGAUCGCAAAGUAAAUGCUGACUUUGUAUUGAAAGAUACAGAGGAAAAUCGACAACUUCAAAGAGAUUUGGCCGAAAAAGCACAAUUGCAGAUUAAUGCUUUUCUGUAUCGUAAGGAGCGUACCAGUAGCAAGAAAAAACAAAAUAAAACAGCUGCGCCCGCUGACGAUGCCGCAACAGCAGGAGGCAACAUAAGCGUUGCAGACCUGCGUUCCUCUCCUAAACUUCGAACACGCGGUUCGUCUGAAGAAAAUUUUAGCUCAAGCAGCACAUUGGAAAGGCAAGAGGAUUCCCCCAUGAAGGACGAAUGUGAAAGCGAGUCAUGCUGCAGCUCGGUAGAAAGCUUCCCAGAUGAAGAACGCGUGCUACUGCGAAUUAGCGAACGGUUGCGUCAGUAUUUAGAAUAUGAUCAUGAUAUGGUGGUAAAAUAUUGUAAGCAACACGCUUUGCCAGCGCGCAUACCUGUGGUGGCGAUAUUAGAGAAUUUCGUAAAACAAAGUGCGGUCAAAUUGGUAUUUUCAAAUACACAAGUCGAGAGUACACGACGGCGUACCACUCAACAACGUACAAAUAAAAAAGAACACGAGUUUGACAAACUUGUAGCAACCGUUAGCUUGCUGAAAGAAGUCGCCGACGGCUUACGAAUUUAUUUCGAUUUUACUAUAGCUGAUUUUUUACUAUAUAAAGAGGAAAAAGAAUACGCAUUAUCAUAUUUAAGCGAAGAGAAUCUUAAGAAUUUUACUUAUGUUGCAUUACCCGGUCUCUCGCCUGAUUUUCUGAAUCCCUCCAAAAAUGAAAGUGAGACCACACAGCCACCCGGCGGCGAUAGUUGCAUAGAGACGUCUACAGCUGAGGCUGCUUUAACGACAUCCGCUCCCGCAGAGGAGCCACAAAAGCGUAAAUCACGUUUACAUCGUAGCGAUGAUUGUGAAAUAAUAUUGGAAAACUGUUUAGAAAAUUGUUUGUCAAGCAUUGCCAGCACCAGUUCAGGUGCAUCUACUCCACUACAUUCUGCGGCGGGUGCAAGUGGCGCUGCCUCGGGCAUCAAUUACUUAAAAUCGCUACAACCAAUGGCGUUAAAUAUACCAACACAGACUAAAGAGUUUUUACAGACGGUUUUAGCUUGGCAUUUACUGCCAACUGAUGCACCAGCAGCGCCAUCGAUGAUUUUCGGCGCUCCCCACUUGGCGAGACUCAUUGUUAAAUUGCCGGAAUUUUUAAAUGCAUCAUCAAUGAGUGAUGAAAAGUUAAAGGUCCUACUACAACAUUUAGAUACUUUUGUAAAUUAUCUAGAGGCACGCAAAGAAUGGUUCAACGAAGACAAUUACGCGCGUACGAAUGCAGCGCGGAAACGUACAAGUUCCAGCGAAAGUAAUAAGCCUGCUACAACGGAAAGCGUCAAGGAAGCACCAGAGUCCAAUAUGCCAACGCUUACGCCCAUGGCUGCGGCAGCAGUGUCAUCAACAACGGCGGCUACAUCCACAGGGGCAACAACAGCUGGUACUGCAGCGAUUGCAACGUAAAGCGACAAACAGCCAUAAAUACGUUUACACAAGCAUUUAAUACUUACCAUAGAAUCUACAUUCAUACAAAUGUAGUUGAAGUACAGGAAUGAAAUACACAACCGAAUAAUGUAAAU